AUGGCACUGACGUCUUGGUUCAGGUGGAAUGACUCCAAUUUAAGACUAUCUCAGAGGAACCCCUCUGACAUGGUGGUGGAUACACUUAUGAUGGAACUCAGCUGGCAGAUGAAGCAGGCCGAAAAAACAGCAUCGUGAGAAGGAGAAUGAGUAUCGGAAGAUCAAGACUGGGGUGGACUACAGCUGGCUGGUUAGCUACCCAAAGCACAAUUAUGACAUCACUCCGGGAGAAAGGCUACAGUUGGAGGAGUCCUGCAGCAAGAUCCACCCAUCCUACUGCGGGCCAGUAAUCCUCAGGUUUCGUCAACUGGUAGCAGAGUAUGAGCCUGAUGUCCAGGAAGUCCCUCGUCUCUUCCGAUCAGUCUUGCAAGAAGCGAGUGAGAAGAUGAAAGAGGAGGAAGAUGCAAAGAAACUGGCCAGGCAGUGGAACACCAAGCGAGCCAUGAGCUUGUCUCUCACCACCUUCAAGUCUCGAGCCAGGAUCUAUCCUUUUGCCAGUGACAUUAAGACCAUUUCUGAGGACGUUGAACGGGAGUUAGAGCCCACCAGACGUGUGUGGAGCAUGCCAGAGUUCCGCACUACCAAAGAGGACUAA